AUGGGCAUAGCUGACUUAAUUGACCAAGCACUUAAUAGAAGUCCGCAGCCAGAGUCACAUGAGAAAAAAGUUGGAAAUGAAAAAUUAUUUGGUUCUGGUACAUACGGAUCAGUUAAAGAAGCAACCAAGAUUACAACAGGACAUAAAGUAGCCAUUAAAGUGAUAGAUAAAAAAAAGGUUAGGCAUCAAGAAUCAAUGGUAAAACAAGAAAUGGAAAUAUUAUCACAAUUAGAUCAUCGUAAUAUAGUAAAAUUUUUUGAUUGGUUUGAAUCGAGAGAUAAAUAUUAUUUGGUUUUUGAGCUCGCGACAGGGGGAGAAUUGUUUGACAGGUUAAUGGAACGUGGGAAAUUUACUGAAUGUGAUGCUGUUGAAGUUAUAAAGACUGUACUCAUCGCGGUUAAAUAUCUUCAUGAGAAUAAUAUUGUUCAUAGAGAUCUGAAACCGGAAAAUCUGAUUUACAGAAAUAAAAAUGAAGAUUCAGAGCUUGUUCUUGCAGAUUUUGGUAUCUCAAAAGUUAUAUCAGAUAGUGAUGAUAUAAUGUUGACACACUGCGGGACUCAACUUUAUGCGGCUCCUGAAAUUUUAAAUAAAAUGCCAUAUUCAAAAUCCGUUGAUUUAUGGAGUAUUGGACUUUGUGGUUAUCAUCCGUUUCAAUCAAAAGAUAGCUUUGCUUUCGUUGAUGAAGUAUCUAAUGCUCGUGUCAAAUUCGAAGCUCGAUUUUGGAGAAACGUGUCAGAAGAUGAUUUCAUCCUUGCACUUCUUAGUUUAGAUCCAUCAAAACGACCAACAGCGGAAGAAGCUCUAAAAAAUAAAUGGAUUACCGGAAAUGUAGCCAAGGAUGUAGAUUUAUUAGAAGAUUUCAUGGAGAACUUUAACGCACGUAAAACGUUCCGAAAAGCGAUUGAUGCGGUUCAAGCAGCUAAUCGACUUCGAACUACCACACAAAGAUUUAGUGGUGAUUUUGAAGAAAUUAAGUAUGAAGAAGAGAAUAAUAGUAAGACAACGGAAAAUAAUGAAAAAAAGAGAGAAUUAUAUGCCGUCAUUUGA